AUGGACUUUGCUCUUCUCAGGGGGGCUGACUCAUGCUCACUGCUUUCACUGGGCCAGAGGACAGCCUGGGCAGACACUGGACUUCCUGAGGAGACUAAGGAAGCUUGGGGAGCUUUAAGAGAAGAAAAUCCCUCUUCUGACAACUUUGUUGUCUCCUUUACAUCCCUCUACAGCUUCAGUGAGGACUUAGGCUACCAAGGGAGCCAGGAGCUGACUACUGAAGAAGAUCCCAGCUUCCUUAAGCCCAGGAGGCAGAAGCGGAACAAGUUUUCCAUUCUUCAGAUUAGGAGAAAUGAGGUGAAAGAGGAAGAUGAAGAGGAUGAGGAUGAGGCAGAGGGGCCCCCUACCUCUUUGCAAUCACCUAGGACAAAAUAUCAGCAACGUCCACACUCAGGUAUCCCCCAAGUGAAGCACAGUGAACAGUUGAGAAUCUUGGAAAGUAGCUUGAGCUCAUCCAGCACCAGUGAGGCCGAGUGGUCCUGCGGGAGUUUGGCCACGUUUUGUCAAUACUUUUGCAGCUGCUGCCCCAGGACGCAGAAGUCAAUGGAGGAAACCAAGGCAUCAGGCUCUGAAGAAAGAAAGUGCCAGAGUAAGAUCGUCUCAGUGUCAAGAUCCAUUAGUGGUGAUGGUCCAGAGCUCCAAGGAGCUCCCAGGAAGAAGCCAGAAGCCAGGAUAACAGAGUGUAAUCCUUCAGCUUGUAAAUAAAGCAAAUUUUAUUUUUGUGAAUGGCA